GCCACACCCACCUGUCCCCAGUGCCACACCCUCCUGUCCCCUCGUGUCACCCCCGGAAGCCACAGCGAGCGGAGGAAGCGGCAGAGCCAGAGCUGAGCUCGGCACGGGCUGAGCGGGGCCCGGUGACCCCGCGGGGGACAGGACCCUGUGGGACCCCGGGGGACACCCCAGGAUGGAGGAGGCAGUGGUGAAGCAGGGCGGGAUUUACCUGCAGCUCCAGCAAACCUUCGGGAAGAAAUGGAAGCGGUUCUGGGCCGUGCUGUACCGGGAGAGCUCCUGCUCCACGGCGCGCCUGGAGCUGCAGGAGGGCGCGGAGCGGGCGCGCAGAACCGAGCCCGGCCGGCGCCUGGUGCGGCUCAGCGACUGCGUGCACGUGGCCGAGGCCGGCGGCGACGCCGCCUGUCCCAAGGACACCGUCCCCUUCCUGCUGGAGACCACGGACAGGAGAUUCCUGCUGGCCGCUGACGGCGCCGAGGCGGCCGAGUGGAUCCAGCGGCUGUGCGAGCUGGCGUUCCCAAGGAGCCGGGAGGAGCCGGCAGUGGCCAAGGAGGGCUCGCUGGGCACGGAGGGCAAGUUCUCCAUGGAGGAAAAUUCCCUGUACAGCUCACGGGACAAAGCCGGCCUGGAGCAGUCCUUUGAGGUGACGGUGAGGGUGACGCCAUCAUCGCAGCGCUGCCGGCUCCGGGGCCGCUGCAUCCUGCGUGCCGGCGAGGAGGCUUUGGAGCUGCGGCGGCCGCAGAGCCUGGAGCUGCUGUGCCACUGGCCCUACCGCUUCCUGCGCCGCUUCGGCCGCGACAAGGUCACCUUCUCCUUCGAGGCCGGCCGGCGCUGCGCCUCCGGAGAGGGCAACUUCGAGUUCGACACCAGGCAAGGCGACGAGAUCUUCCAGGCCAUCGAGGCGGCCAUCGAGGUCCACCGGGGCCGGGAGGGACCCAAGGACGAAGCCCCUCGCCCGCUUGACCACGCCAGGACACCGAGCUGGGCGCGCGAGGAGCCCAAGUGCCCCUCUGGGGAGGCGAAGGCGCCCAGAGAGGAGGGAAAAGGGGUCAAGGGCAAGGCGGGGACGGCCCCCGGGUCUGGGGAGCCCCCGGGGCCGUUCCAGCCAUCUCGGGGUGCGGAUCUUCCCUACUCCGAGCCCUUCGAUUCCCUGCGCCGCGGGAACGCGCCCGCGCCGCCGGACAAGGGCCGGAGACCGGAGCGUUCCAAGGCGGAGUGCGAGUACGCCGUGCCCUUCGACACCAUCGCCAAAUCCUUCCUGGCCCGCCAGCUGGGUGGCCCGGGCUGUCCCCAGGAGGGGGUCCCCGAGCCCCCGAAUUUGGCCAGGGAUGCAGGAGUGGCUCAGCAGCCCCCCGGCCGCCCCACGGCCCCCAAACCCGAGCACAUCUACGACGAGCCCGAGGGGCUCUCGGCACUCUCCGUGUACGACGAGCCCGAGGAGGUCAAGGGGGAGGCCUGGAGGCUGCAGGCGGCCCCCGAGGAGCCCCCGGGGCUCGCGUGUCCCUACAACGCCCAGCGCGAUGACUACGCCGUCCCCAAAAGGCUGGUCCCGCUGCGCCAGCCCUUCCUGCUGCAGGGCAAGGAGUGGCUCGGCGACAGCGACUACGACAACGUGGCCCUCAAGGUGGCCAGGAAGAGGAACCUGCAGUGAGCCACAGCGGGGGGACAGGAGGAGGGGACAUCCCAAAUCCCCCCAGUCGGACUUUACCCCAUCCCCGGCGGAGCUGGGACUCCCCCACGGGGACACAUCUGGGCAGCGGUGCGGCACGGCUGGGGGGACAGGGGACAGCUGGGAGGGACAGGGGACAGCCAGAAGGCGGCAGGGGCUACCUGAGAUGUGGCAGGAGACACCUGAGAUGUGGCAGUAGAUCCCCGGGAGGUGGCAGAGGACACCUAGAAGUUGGCAGGGGACAGCCGGGGGGCCACAGGGGACACCUAGGAGGUGGCAGGGGACAACCGGGGAUGACAGCAGACCCCCGGGAAGGUGACAGGGAACAUGUGGAAGCGCUGGGAGCGGGAUGUGCCCACUGGAGGGCAGUGCGAGCCCAGCGGAGCGGCGGGGCCCGGGCAGGGGGAGUCCCGCAGCCGCAGCCCCGGGAGCCCAGGGCCGCUCCUCGCCCGCUCCUCGCCCGCUCCUCGCCCGCUGCUGCCGCGGGAGCUGCGGCUCUGCCCCGCUCAUCCCCCCGGGAGGCACCUCCGGAGGCGGCUGGAGCAGGAACCGACAUGGGGUGAUCGGAUGGAGGAGUUUCCCCAGGGUGGAUAUCUCGAAUCCCACAGGAUGGACAUCCCAAAUCCACUAGGAUGGGUAUCCCAAAUCCUCCAGAACAGACAUCCCAAAUCUCCCAGGAUGGACAUCCCGAAUCCCCCAUGGAUGGACAUCCCGAAUCCCCCAUGGAUGGACAUCCCAAAUCCCCCAGAAUGGUCAUCCCAAAUCCCCCAUGGAUGGACAUCCCAAAUCCCCCAUGGAUGGACAUCCCAAAUCCCCCAUGGAUGGACAUCCCAAAUCUCCCAGGAUGGACAUCCCGAAUCCCCCAAGGUGGACAUCCUGAAUCCCCCAGGAUUCAGAUCCCACCCCAUGGAUGACAAUGCUCAUUCCAGAGAUUCAGAUCCCACCCCUGAGACCUCCCAUGCUCACACACAGCCCCCAGUGCUCCCAGUAUGUUCCAGUGCCAAGGCAGGGCCGGCUCCUUCCCUGCCCGAAGGUCGCUCCCACUCCUUGCUCAGCAAACCCCAAAUUCUGGCUGUUUCAGCUGCACUUUUGGUUUUAAUUCUCUGUAGAACCCCCCUUUCCAGCCCCUCUGAAUUCCAGAUGGAAAACUGGGCUUUAUUUUAAUGGAAAUUUUCAUGGCUGGCUCCAGUCCUCCCAGUACAAACCAGUACACAGCCUCUGGGUAAUUUCCCUUUCCCUUUCCCUUUCCCUUUCCCUUUCCCUUUCUCUUCCCAACCACCUCCAGCCUCUCCUCGGGAACAUCCAGCCCCUCAACCAGACCCAUCCUAAUUCCCCUGGAAUUUCUCUGGAAUUUCUCUGGCACCUGGACCCACCUCUGACCCCCCCCAGCCCCAUCCCCACCCCGGAGCCACCUGGGGGUUGCAGUUCCUCACCAUCCCAGCUGGUUUUCCAUGGAAAGCGCAGACAUUCCAUGAAUUAUUUAUAACCUCUCUCAACCCAAGGUGCUCCCGUUCAUUUCCUGGAUCCCUCGAAUCCAAGGGCGGGUUUAAAUGAGGCAAAUUAAAUGCUUUUGAUGAGA